ACCAAUCGAUAUACUAUAACCUAAUCUAACCUAUUAUGAUUUAAAGAAAGAUUCAGAAAGUAAUGUUAAAAAAGUAUGUUAAAAAAAGUAUGUUAAUAAAAGUAGUUGGAGUUAGAGUUGAAGACAUGUUAAAUGAAGUAUUUCCUUUAUGACUUAAAGAUAAUAUUAAAAAGCCUUUAGGUGAAACUGACGGCAAGUUAAACAAACCUCUCAUCUAUGAUCUAUGAUUUAAAAGUUCUUAAUUAGUUUUUUAAUAUUAGCAAAAAUCUAGAAAGUGAUAAUGGGACGAAGUCGCACACCAUCGCCGGGAAGACGAAGGGAUCGAUCCCGAGAUCGAGAUCGCGACAGAGAUCGACGAAGACGACGGUCACGAGAAAGAAGACGAAGAUCUGUAGAGCGAGACAGAGUAAAAUCAAGAGAUAGAGAACGAGACAGAGAACGAGAACGCGAGAGAGAUAGACAUAGGAGAUCAUAUACUAGAUCUAAAUCAAGAGAACGCGAUAGAUCGCGUGAGAGAGCAAAUCAUAAAGCCAAAUCAAAACCUGCAAAUGAACGACCUGUUAUCACAGAAGCUGAUCUUCAAGGCAAGACACCAGAAGAACAAGAAAUGAUGAGAGUGAUGGGAUUUUGUGAUUUCGAUACGACUAAAGGUAAAAAAGUAGAGGGAAACGAUGUAGGUGCAGUUCACGUCAUUUUGAAAAGAAAGUACAGACAAUACAUGAACAGGAAGGGUGGCUUCAACAGGCCUUUGGAUUUUGUUGCAUAACUUCUCUUUAAUACAAAUUUAAGUGGCAGAAAUUAUUUUGUGAGAUUGAACAAAAGUUUCUUCAAUUUUUCAAAAUAUAUAUUUUAUAUUUCGAUUUGUUCCAUUUAUUCAUCUAUAUUAAUUUUCAGUACAAAUUAGUAAACUUUUGUAUGACUUGUAUGAAAAACUCGUAUGAUUUUAAGUGUAAUAAUAAUAACUAUAUAAUACUUAUUUGAUUAAUGUGAUAAUUAAAAUAACUUGUCGCGUAUGUCAC